UUCAAUUACAGGCUUCCAAUGGCAACGGGUGGUUUGGAAUGGGAUUUAAUCCAAGUGAUAAUGGAAUGACAAAUGCAGAUUUUAUUAUUGGAUUUGUUUCAAAUGGAAAUACUGUUUCAUUAGGAAAUUAUAUUGCAGUUUAUGGUGGUUACCAUCCUCCCACUCUUGAUCCUCAUCAAGAUCCAGAACUGCAAUCUUCGUUAUCGUAUUCGUUUGUUAAUGAUGUUGCAAUCAUAACUUUCAAAAGAGCACUUUCUCCUAGCGCAGUGGGAAGAAAGCCAAUUUUACGCGUUGUCAUGGCAUAUAAUCCAAACAAUAACAUAUUAUCUUACCACCAAAAUAAUCGUGUUUUGCAGUUAAUUGACUUUUAUAGCGGUCAACUCUCUUCUUCAACCGCAAAUAACCUUCAAAUGAUUACUCGUAUUGUCCAUGGCGGAGGAAUGUUCAUUACGUGGUGUGUUAUAUUCCCAGGAUCAAUAUUCUUUGUUCGAUAUUAUAAACACCACCAUAUGCAUCUUAAAUAUCACCGAUUCAUUCAGGUGGUUGGCAGUAUUUCCAUAUCAACGUUUGGAGCUGCCGCUAUAUCCACAGUAGUAUCUGUACAAACACCACAUGCCUGGUUAGGAUUGUGUGUAUAUGUUGCAUCAUUUAUUGAGACAGCUUUCGGCUUAAUCGCUAUGUGGGGACAAACUGCUGUUGUAUCUGUUAAUAAGGAAUUAAUACUUUCGGUCUCUCUUAUGGCUACAACACGACAUGGUGGACGACGUUUCCGUAAAACUGAGGAUGAAAAUGAAAAAAGAACUAUGCUGCUUGCUCACAUUAGUCAUGAUGAUUACAUUAAACUACCUCAAUAUAUUUGGGAAGAAUUUAACGAACGAGUUCAAUAUGGUGCUUAUCUUGUUAUUUGUGAUGGAUUUAUAAUAGAUAUUCGCAAGUGGAUUCAUUCACAUCCAGGCGGAAGUCAUAUACUUGAAAGGGUUAUGGGAACAGAUAUCACGAAUGAUUUUUAUAACACACAUAAAGAUAAUCAUAUCAAUGAAGAAUUGGAUUCACCAGAA